CUCAUCGCCAACCAUGCGGACUCGGAGCGGAUCCUUCUACCCAAAAAAACCCGAAUCCGAUAAGGGGAACACUAGCACCACCACUGGAAACAAGAGAAGAAGACGAGAUAUCGGAUUCGGGUCUGCAUGCGGACAUGAUCCGACCCGCAAGCGAUCGAAACCCGGCGGCGACCUUGGCCCAGACUUGUUCGAAUGGCUCCACGACGACCUCGUUCUCUACAUCCUCAAGCUCGCCACCGUCGCUGCUGCUCCGGCGGAUCUCAUCAACGUCCUCCUCACUUGCAAGAGAUUCAGUGGGUUGGGGAUGAAUCCUUUGGUUUUGUUGAAAGCUUCGAAGAAAUCAAUGGCGAUUAGGGCUAAGAAUUGGUCCGAAUCCGCUCACAAAUUCUUGAAGAUUUGCUCCGAUGCCGGCAAUCUUGAGUCUUGCUACACUCUCGGAAUGAUCCGGUUCUACUGCUUAGCGAGCCGAGGGAGCGGCGCGGCGUUGAUGGCUCGAGCCGCCAUGGCUUCACACCCAGCGGCUCUCUACUCGCUAGCCAUCAUCCAAUUCAACGGCAGCGGCGGCUCCAAGUCGGACAAAGACCUCCGCGCUGGCGCCGCCCUUUGCGCCCGCGCAGCCCUUCUCGGCCACGUCGACGCCCUCCGCGAGCUCGGCCACUGUCUCCAAGAUGGGUACGGAGUCCGCCGCUCCAUACCCGAUGGCCGGCGUUUCCUCCUCCACGCCAACGCCCGUGAGCUCGCCGCCGCCUUGGCUUCGCGCCAGCCACUGGCAACCGUCCCUCUUGUAGGAUCCCCGUGCCCUCUCUUAUCGGAUUUCGGAUGCGUGAUUCUACAACCCGACCCGCACCCGGCGAACCGGUUUCUGAUCGAGUGGUUCGGUUCGAGAGGGGUUGGGUCGGAUGGGUUGAGGCCGUGCUCGCACGUGGGAUGUGGGCGUGUGGAAACUAGACGGCAUGAGUUUAGACGGUGCUCAGUUUGUGGCGCCGUUAACUAUUGCUCACGUGCUUGUCAGGCUUUGGAUUGGAAGUUGGUUCAUAAGGCCCAGUGCUCGCCUAUGGACCGGUGGGCCCAUGUUGCUGAACCCGGUCCCGGUUCAGUGAUCCGGCUCAGUUCACUCUUUUUAAGGUUUUUUUGCAUAGCAGAAGAGGAAAGGGAGAGGUUUCUUUCUUUCUUGUUUUUUCUUUGUUUUGUUUUAUUUGUUGUUUUAUUUAUAGAGUUUUUUGUUUUGGGGGAAAAAGGGGAUAUUUAGAUGGGCGGUUUAUUGUUUGUGUUGAUCUUUCGAUGGUUUGGAGGAGGAAUGGAGGGUCUGUUCAAGAA